GUUUACUAGAAAUGACAACAAAAUUCCAGCUCCUCCAAGAAUAUGCUAUUUGCAAUCAAUAUAUUGUUCUCUCCUUUCAAUAUAUAUUGUUUUAUCUAGUUAGCGAAGAAAGUAUCUAGAAGCCUUUUCCAUUUCAUAGAAGUCUUGACCAUUCGCAGAGGAGAUGGAGCAUGUGCAUCUUGCUGGUGACGAAGAAGAUGACCUGUACUCGGGCAACAACGGAUACACUCAAACAUUUGAUUCAGAGGAGCAUGAAAAUGAUGCUGGUUUUCAGUAAGCAGUCAGGCAAGCUCAUGACUGCCCAGUUUCCUGGCAUUGACAUUGGAGGACGGGCUUUGGGAACCUCUUUUGGAUCAAGGAUGCAAAUGGACUCAUCUAUGGGCAGACCCAUGACUGGAGCAGUACAGAGACAGAGAGAGGAUGAAGAAGGCUUUUCAGAAGCUCAUCUGUGUCUUCUAGGGAUCGACGAGGAGGACAAGUACAUCCCACCCAACGAUGACACCCAUGCCAACCUGGUGAUUGAAGCCAUCAAGAACGACAAGUUUCACCAGAUGGAGAGAGAACGGAAAGCCCUGGCUGAGAAAUUAAUCAUGACAUCAGCCAAGCUCAUCUCCCCGACCAUCGCUGCUGGAUUUGACUGGUGUGUGGACAUGGUGAAGAGUUCCCAGUACAUAGAACUGGCCAACGACCUAGAGAUCACCAAAGCCAUCACCUACCUGAGAUAGAGGGACUUCAACCAGCUCGAGGCUGUGGAGACUCUGAAGACAUUUGAGAAGAAAGAUAGCAGAGUGAAGAGUGCUGCAGCCACUAAGCUCUCCUUCCUCUACUUCUUGGUCUGACCUAUAAGCGUCUGGGGCGUCUGGAGGAGUCUCUAGACUGUUUCCUGAAGCUCCAAGCCAUCCUGAGGAACAGCGCCCAGUCCUUCAGAUAUUUCCCCUCCAACAUGGACAUUAUUGAGUGGCUGGGGGCCUACUACAUUGACACUCAGUUCUGUGAGAAGGCCAUCCAGUACUUUGAGAGAGCCACACUAAUCCAGCCUGCAUUUCCUGGUGAGGCUGUGCACAGACAUGGGGCUGAAAUAGGUCCAGGACUACGCCACCAUACUGAAGAAGGUGGAGAAUAUGAAGACUUACUGGAUUAACUACACUCUUGCCUAAGGCUACUGACAGUGACACCACCAUUUGAGGCCACUGGAGACUUUGGCUUCACUGUGUCUUUCCUAUGGAAAACAGACAGAGAAUACGGACAUCUCACUGAAUCAGAACCAUCUGCUCCUAAAUCAGCACUGAGAUGUUCUUGGAUCAGAAUUGUCCUUCUAAGGAGCUAAUCUCUCAUUCCUGCUCUGUUGUUAACUGGCCCAGGUUUUGCUGACAUGAUCAACUCCAGUGUCUGUGGCUGUUUUUGCUCUCUGCAAGUCUCUUUGUUUUCACUAUAGAAACCAACAAACAGUUGGAUAAAUCAGAGAGUGUCUGUGUUGUUGUAUUGGUUGAUGGUGGAUUUGAACAGAGACAUCACUCUCUCUACACUAGCGGGUUUAGUCGCCAAGGGAGGGCAGUGCUAGAGGGGCCCGGAGAGAGGGCAGCGCCAGCAGUGGUGAUUGACCCGGCUGCAACAGGAACCUGAAAACCUCCAUAUGUCUACACACAUCUCCAACCCUGAUUAGUUAUAUUUGGAUAGUAAUCCCUCACAAAAAUUAAGUUUACCAAUUAUAUAUUUUCUCUUCACUGCUGUCUUGAAAGUGGGCACCCUGAACCCUGUCCGCACCCCGCCUAAGAAGGUCAUUGGUACGAAUAGACAUUAGAUAGUAAUAGAAAAAGAGCUGUUUCAGACUUUCAGUAUGACAUGAUGUUUAUCUGUCUAAUCCCACUGGAGCUCAUCCUAACCCCAUACAUUUCCAUUACAUCUCUGACCUGGAGUUUCUCUUCUGAUAGUAACCCUUUCCUACUUAUUAAAUUCAAUUAAUAUUUUAUAAUCACUCUUUGCCCCACUGCUGUCCCUGGAUUUAUUUAGACAGUGGGUACUUCUGACAAGGUCCGCACCCCGCCUAAGAAGGCCAUCGGUGCAAGCCUUCUUUGUGUAGAUGUAGAGUUUAUGCAGUAUGUGCCCCUUUCCAAUACUUUUAAUCCAGCUGUUACAAUUGCUAUGUCACUUUUCUGUACUAAUUAGAAAAAGUUAAACACAUUGCUAUUCUGGCUUGACCAUGUGAAAACAAUUAUUACUCUGAAACCGUCAUUGUCAUUGGCACAUAAAGGGUGAAAUGCGUUUGCUUGGCUACAUACAGUGCAUUCGGAAAGUAUUCAGACCCAUGGACCUUUUUCACAUUUUGUUAUG